GCCGGUGGAUUUUGUGCCGGAGCCGGAGGGGUUCUUGCCAAAGGUGAAGAGUCAGGAGGUGAGAGCCCGGGCUCUGGAGGUGCAUGCUUUGUGGAAGAAUUUGAGUACGAAAGUCUCUGAUGAGGUUGUGAAGCGGCCUGAGUUUCAUACUUUGCUUCCUCUGCCCAAGCCUGUCAUGAUUCCUGGAUCACGGUUUAGAGAGGUCAAUUACUGGAAAUCUUAUUGGAUAAUUAGGUUGCUAGUCUUAGAGGAUCUAUAAGUAGCUUUCAAGAGCAAGCAAGUUGCAAAAUUAAAGUUCCUUCGGUGGCAGUACCAUACAAGCUUUCUCAGCCUUUUACCCUGAAAAUGUGUCCUUCUAGUCCACUUAAGAUUAAGUAUCAUGAUCCUGAGGAGGAAAUAGCCUUUGGACCAGGUUGCUGGUUAUGGGAUUAUUUAAGAAGUGGAGCUUCUGGUUUUUUGUUUCCUCUUUCUGGUGGAGCAGAUAGCUCCUCGGUUGCUGCUAUAGUUGGCUGCAUGUGCCAGCUUGUCGUAAAAG